GGUUCAAUAUGUGCAUUAUACGAUCAGUUGACACUGUUUGUCAGCUUUUGAAAGGAAAGAUGAUCACUUUAUCUCUUGUUCUGGUCUUUAUUACAGUCCAGUGGUCCUGGGCUCAGCAAGAUCCUCUUCUGCCUUUCUCUGAACACUUGGACCUCGAGCACAAGGUGCGGCUGAAGUGGGGAUUUGAUGAGAUCCGGGACACCAUCUUGUUUGAGCUCACCUUUAACACUGUCGGCUGGGUUGGUUUCGGCUUCAGCCCCAAAGGAGGAAUGACUGGAGCCGACGUCGUGAUUGGAGGAGUUGGACCCAAAGGAAGUUACUUCACGGACCGUCAUGCUGUGGGGACAUCAAUUCCUCUGGUUGACAAGCAACAGAACUCCAAACUCCUGUCUCUGACAGAGUCUGAUGGGAAAACGGUCAUGAAGUUUCAGAGGUCCAUCACUUCCUGUGACGAAAACGAUUUGCCCAUCACCGAUCUCCCCAUGAAGCUGAUCUACGCGUAUGGAGAGACUGAUGAAAUCGCGUACCAUGGCAACCGAAGAGGCACAAAGGAGCUGAACCUGUUGAAGUACAUGCCUCAGUCCAACCCUCCAAACAGCAACUUUUUUGACAUCACUAUGGCCAAUUUCACUGUGCCGGCCAACCAAACCUACUAUCACUGCAAGAUCAUGAAAACCCCAACAUUUGAUCAUAAACGGCACAUUUAUCGCAUUGCGCCGGUGAUCACAAACAUUGACCUCGUGCAUCAUCUUGCGCUGUACCUAUGUCCUCCGAGCGUGACCGAACCAUCUGAGGCUCAGUGUACCGCAUCGAUAAUAACCGCCUUGUGUAUGGAGAUGGUGGCUGUGUGGGCAGUUGGCGGAGAGGCUUUUCAGCUUCCAGAAGCAGCAGGACUUCCAAUUGGAGGAAAUAUUAAAGACUAUUUCUACAGACUUGAAGUGCAUUACAACAACCACAAUAAACUUACAGGUCGAGUUGAUAGCUCAGGUCUGCGAUUGUAUUACACAUCUGAACUCCGUCAGCACGAUGCAGGUAUUCUGAUUACGGGGCUUGCAGUGGCCCCGGGGUACGCCAUCCCACCCAAAGCCAAAUCCUUCCUCACGUACGGUCUGUGCGACACUGCUUAUAUUCCAAAGGUUCUGAAGACGUCAAAUGAUCUUCAGGUGUUCUCCGUGAUGCUGCACACACACUUAGCUGGGAGAAAGUUGCGAGUCGGACAUUUCAGAGGAGGUAAACAGAUUGAUUUCCUAGCGAAGGAUGAAAACUAUGAUUUUGAUUAUCAGGAAGUCACAAACUUGGGUAAAACUAAGAUCGUUAAGUUGGGAGACAAAUUGCUGGUGGAGUGCACCUAUAAUACUGAGAACCGCAACACACUCACAUGGGGGGGAUUUUCAACUUCAGAUGAGAUGUGUUUGGCCUUCCUCUUCUACUAUCCAGUUAUGAAUCUGAGCACCUGUGUGAGCCUCCCUAAUACAACCACUUUAAUAUCUGAGAUGGGAGCAAAAGAUCAAGAUACUUGGCUCAAAAUGAUGUCCACAAAGACUUGGACUGACACGUCUAUUAAUCAGUACCAACAAACACUGAAGAGAAUCAACCAGCUCGUCAUAGUCAUGAACUCAAAUAACAACAUGUCAAGCAGCUCAGGGCUAAUUCCUGACCUCGAAGCCAUCCCAUCUGAAUCCUGUGUGAGCAGCAGUGCCACCAAAAGUCUUUCUAAUCAGGACACAACCAAGGACCUUCAUGAUAAUCAUCACCUCCAUCAUCUUUGCCCGACAUAAACUUGCAACCGAAAAACAAGUUGAGCAAACUAUGUAACUUUUUUUUUUUAAUAAAUCACAGUACAGUGUGAA